UAUUUUAUGAUAAAAUUCAGAAAUGUUAUCAAAAUAAAUAACUAUUGCAUUAAAUUAUUAUAAAUAAUAUAAAUUAGUUAAGCGUUAAAUCAUAUUUUAAGUAGACGAUAUUUAAGUCUAUACAUUAAAUUCUUGUAAAUUUCGGAAACAGCGAAUGUACGACGAACUUACAAAUUUGGCCAUAAUAAGCGCACAAAUAAUGGAUGUUAUGUAAUAAAUAGUUUAUUUGGUGUGUGUGUGUGUGUGUGUUGGUGAAGAUGAGGGUGGUGGCGCUGAUAAGUGGCGGGAAGGACAGCUGCUACAACAUGAUGCAGUGCGUAUCGGCCGGGCACUCUCUCGUCGCGCUGGCCAACCUCCAACCUCGGCAUAAAGAUGAGAUGGACAGUUACAUGUACCAGACAGUGGGCCACCAGGGCAUUGACCUAUAUGCAGAAGCAAUGGGUCUCCCUCUGUACAGAGAGAUGAUAUCUGGGGAGGCUGUGGACCAGGGCAGGGACUAUAAACCAACAAAAAAUGAUGAGGUGGAGGACCUCUAUGGGCUUUUGUCUAAGAUUAAGGAUGACCUGGCAGUGGAAGCCGUGGCUGUUGGGGCCAUUUUGUCCGAUUACCAAAGAAUACGAGUCGAAAAUGUAUGCCGAAGGUUAGGUCUAGUCUCUCUCGCUUAUUUAUGGAGAAGAAACCAAAAGGAGCUUUUACAGGAAAUGAUUGCAAAUGGUGUUGAAGCUGUCAUUAUUAAGGUGGCAGCACUAGGGCUGGACCCAAAGAUACAUUUGGGAAUGACGCUUCGAGAAAUCCAGCCACAUCUUCUAGUCAUGCAGGAGAAGUACGGACUCAAUGUGUGCGGGGAAGGCGGGGAGUACGAAACCUUCACACUCGACUGCCCUUUGUUUAAGAGUCGAUUAGUCAUAGAUGAAAAAGAGCUAGUGUUACAUUCGGACGACCCAGUCGUACCAGUAGGGUACCUCAACUUAAAAUUACAUUUGGAACCAAAAGAAAACUUCGACGAAACUGUCAAACUACCUCCAACUGUGAAAAACUCAUUAGAUUUUGUAAACGAUUUGAGCGACACAGUGUUUAGCGACCUAAGCGAUAUAGAACUAAGUGAAACUGAACUAGAGUCCAUAGAGAAGUUAGAAAAGGAAGAAAUUAAGAAACAAAAUGAAUUGAAUCCUUUGCUCACGUAUUCGGGAGAUAAGGCUGAGGUUGUAACGAAUUUAGAAGUUGCCGAUAGUCCGAAUGAUAGCGCGGAGAGUAUAGAAGAGGGAUAUACGUAUGACAAGAUGCACAGUGAGAACGAUAGGCAUCCUGUUAUAGACCACAGAUCUAUAUACGGGAACAGACACGGGUGGUACUUUAUCGGGGGUAUUGUCGGCGAAGGAGUGGACACUGUAACUGCGACUGAAGACGCUGUGAAAAAACUCAUUAAUUUAUUGGAAUCGGAGAGCAUGCAGUUAGAAGACGUGUGCUCAGUGAACAUUUAUAUGAGAGACAUGGGCGAGUACGCGGCACUCAAUGAAAUCUAUUUGAACAAUUUCUCGUUCGAAAAUCCGCCAACCAGAGUUUGUGUGCAAUGUCCAUUGCCCAAGGAUGUGGGGCUUAUUUUAGAUGCUGUUGCUCAUAAAAUGGUUCCUAGCGAUCUUCAUGAGACUGACAGCAAUAUAUCUAAGCAGCGAUCCACGAUGCACGUGCAGGGUAUUUCGCAUUGGGCACCGGCCAACAUAGGACCUUAUAGUCAAGCGAUUAAGGUGGGCGAAGUGAUCGGCACGUGCGGGCAGAUCGCACUGGUACCAGGCAGCAUGAAGCUGGUAGAGGGAGGUGCGCGGCGGCAGUGCGCGUUGGCGUUGAGACAUCUCACGAGGGUCAUUCGGGCGGUUCAUCCGCGCGCGCAUAUACGCAGUGUUGUACAGAGCGUGUGCUACAUGACACACGCGUCAGCAGUGGGCGAGGCGCGGCGGCAGUUGGAGCGGCGUACAGCCGGCGCCAUCGUGCAGUACGCCGUUGUGGAGGCUCUGCCGCGCGGAGCUAGUAUCGAGUGGCACGCUUGGGCGCAUACCGACAACAAUCGCUUCGAAUACGAAGAGACCGGCUGCAAUGUGGGAGAGUACAAAGUCGCCAUCACACGAAGAUGGAACUACGAGAACACUGUUGCCGCGUUCGUCUGCUACGUUGCCACUGGGUCGUCACCCUCCACCUGCCAGCUGUCGUUCCCAAACGAGGAGGCGUGUGAGUCGCACCGCUCUCUCGCGGCGCAAAUGACGCACGAGGAGCUGCAGGAAGUACUAGAAUACGCCAUGCGCAAGCUGCUUAACCACUGCCACGACAAGGAGCCGCAGCCUGCCGUCAAGAUGAGGAUAUUCUACCAGGUGUGGAGCGCCCCGCCCAUGUCCGUGAUCCUGUCGGCAGUAGAGGGCGCGCGCGUGCGCGUGGCCCCUUUGUCGGCCGUCACGACCGUGCCGGUUGUGGCGCUGCACAACGCCUUCACGUUCCUCUCCAUCAGCGGGCUGCGCCUCGACGAAUGAUAUUCGUCCAACAGUAACAGGUUCCAAUUAUCGAGACAAAAAGAUGCUUUAUUGCCCGUUUUUAAAAUUAUAUUGCUGAAUAUUUUCAGUGUUUAUAAAAUUUUGUUAAUUAUGCAACCGAGUUUACCAUAAUGUAAGUCAAAUUAUAUAAAUUAUUUUUAUUG